AUGGAGAAAUACACAGGCAUCGUGAUGAGCCUCUACUGGCCCCCGAUGGUGCAGCUCAUGUGCUUCUUCGUGUCGUUGGCCUACGUGGCCCGCAAGCGCUACAUCGAUGGCGACAAGUCCUACAACAUGAGGUGGUUCUCUCCGUGGAGUGACAGGGCUUCAACACAGGGCCCCGUGCCCCAAGUUUGGAUCGCCCAGUUCUCGUUUUGGGACCAGCUGAACGCCAUCGUCAGCGCGCCGCCCGGGCCCUUCAUUCCCAUGGUGCUGCAGACGCCGCUGAACAACUUGAACGUGCCCUUCACGGCUUGCAUCGCCUUCUUCUACCUGAAGACACGUUACAAGAUGGUCCACUACGCAGGGAUUAUCCUCAUCCUCCUCUCCUGCCUCGUGGGCGUGGUGGUCGAGCUCCAGGGCCCUGCACCCGUCUUCUGUACCGGCCUAAGCAAGGCCAAGGACACGAUGGCCUUGCCCUCAGUGGCCGCCCUGGUCCCAGAAUCGAUCGUAGCAAAGGUCAACAAGGCCUCGUCUGAAUGCAUCAGCGGCCUGCCCCCUUACAAGAACGCAAAUGGCGAUCUGAUCCAUAUCGAGUUUGGCACCUUGCUUUUCAUGUACCUGCUCUUCAUCUUUGCGGUCCUCCCAGCAGCCUUCUCCAAUUGCUACAAGCAAAAGAAGUUGAAGCAGGUGAACUUGGACGUGAUGUGGUCGUUCUUCUGGGCUGGCAUGUGGCAAGUGCUUUGGGGGAUCUUGAUGUUUCCCCUCAACUGGAUCCCCUGGCCGACGCCUGAUGGCCACAAUGAGCAAUCCCCGAACGAUUUGAAGAACGACCUGGGGGAUUCUUGGACUUGCUUCAUGGGAACGAAUCCCAGGCCCGACGUCACCACCUGUGAAUCCGAACCUGCCUGGUUGUGGUUCCUCUGGUACCUCCUCUUCAACGUCUUCUUCAACCUUUUCUUCUUGUGGCUCAUCAAGCGCCUCUCCGGCACCUGGGCUGCCAUCGGCUCCAUCCUUUGUGGCAACCUCUGUGGCAUCUUCAGCCAGUACGAGAUCUUCGCCGGGCCCUCCGCGCGCACGCUCACCUUGGAGCAGUGGUUGGCACUGGCGCUGUCCACAGUUGCCAUGUGGGUCUACAACAUCGAGGACGAGACCGACAUCGAUGGCAACAGCGUCUAUGCGGAAAAGCC